GAUGCCUCCACCUGUUGGUUAUCAGAUGUUAUCACUAGAAUGGAUGGAGCUGUCGGUAUCUGGAUCAUUACCACUACCUAGAUGUGGCCACACGGCUACUAUGGUGGAGAAAAGGUUGCUUGUCUAUGGUGGCAGAGAUAACAAACUUUGGUUUCAGCCAAAGUGCACUGGAAGUGGGUCUGAGGACCAGGUAGGUCCAAGCCCACGGGCAUUUUACAUUGCUGUUGCAAUUGAUUGUCACAUGUUCGUCUUUGGUGGGCGUUAUGGUAGCAAAAGGUUGGGUGACUUUUGGGUUCUACAGAUAUAUGGCAGUGGUCUGAGCUCACCAGUUUUGGUGACUUACCUUCGCCACGAGAUUUUGCUGCAGCUUCAGCCAUUGGGAACCGGAAAAUUGUUAUGUAUGGUGGCUGGGAUGGUAAAAGGUGGUUAUCAGAUGUUGUCACUAGAAUGUAUGGAGCUGUCGGUAUCUGGAUCAUUACCAUCACCUAGAUGUGGCCACAAGGCUACUAUGGUGGAGAAAAGGUUGCUUGACUAUGGUGGCAGAGGUGAAGUAGCAUUCUGUUUGCUCACAUAGGGAUUUGGUUUCAUAAUUGCUUAGAAACAAUGUUUGGUGAUGAGUCAUUAUUGAAUUUAAAAUUUUCAUCUUGAUUAAAAUUUUGCAUUCAAAAGUUGCCAUUUUUUGUUAGGGUGCAGAGAGAUGUACGUUUGAUAUCAUUGUUAUCAACUUUGUCAUUUCAGAUACUUCUCAUAUCUCUGUUUCUAAAGGCAUCUAUGCCGUGAAUUAUUAUAAAGAAUGUUUAAAUUAAUUACAUUUCAAUUUUUUGGGUGCUGCUGUCAGAACUAUACUUACACUUAUUUACUUGCUUGUGUUCUUUUAAGAUGUUUGUAACUGACACGGCUGCUUUUUCUUGACUUAAAUAGUAGGUGGUGGGCCAAUUCUGGGUGAUUUAUGGGGCUUGAAGGGUCUUAUUGAAGAAGUUUAAUAGUUACUUUUGUUUUCUUCUUAUUUUUUUUCCUUCCCUUUUUUUUCUAAUCCUCUUUAGUAAUCCAAGCGUAUUCUAAAAUUUUCAUCAAAUAAAUUGAUGUGAGUGGUGUUGUGGCAUAUGUUGGGUCCGUUUGAAUACAACUUAUUUUUGCUGAAACUGAAAACUAAAAACUGAAAACACUGUAGCAAAAUAAUUUUUAAAUGUAUGAAUAGUAACGUGAGACCCAUUUUUAAUAUUUUUUAA